AUGGUCUGGCGUCGUUCCGUGGUUCUUAGACCUCUGUACUCGAGGCUUCCUUACAAGUCCACUCGACGUGCCCAGGCGCCCCGCCCUGUCCUCCCCGACCCGCCUUCCCACCCCCUGCCCACGUCUCGACGGUUCCCGACGCUCGCCUCUCCGUCUCCUGCGCAGCCGCGCGCUCGGCACUCACCCUCGCGACGGCCGCCGCCCUCCCCACCGCGCGUGAACCCUACCUCGCCGAGCGGCAACCCUUGCAUCCCCUACCUUGCCCUCCCCGCCUCCCACUCCACUACACCCGGCCGCGCCGCGGGCACGACCUCACCGCAGUCGAGCUCUUCGCCUCCAGCGCCGACGAAGAUCCGUGCCGGGACGAAGAUCCGCGGUGGUGACGUUCCUGUGGGUGCUGUGCGUCUCCACGCUGGGGGCCUCGACAGCGGCGGUGACGUCCUACCUGAAGCUGCAGGGCGUCCAGUAUGCGCUGCUGGUCACCGUCUCCCUCCUCUCUGUCCUGCUCUUCGUCUGCAACAUCCUCUGCGCGACCUCCUCGGCGGCGCCAGCUUUCAACCCCACCGGCGUCGCGGCCUUCUACGCCGCCGGUCCGCCGGAGUCACUAGCCCCUCCCUCUUCGCCGUCGCACUCCGGUUCCAGGCGCAGGUGGGCUCCGCUGGUCGAGCAGGAGAAGGCUCUGGUGAUUCAGGAGUCUUUUCAGAUUGCUGGGUUAGGAUUGUGAUCGCAGGGCCUAUGUACCAGACCAGAGGGAGGGUGCACAGCUGCACCUAGACCCAGACACCCAGCUAGCAGCAGCACUCUUCCUGCCAGUGGAAAUGGGUGACAGUGUGCUAAUUGUGGGCUAGUGGCAGUGAUGUUGGACAAGGAGAUAAUAGUUUGGCUUUAGAGAUAAUAGUUGAUUUGUAUGAAUUCAAUUGAUUAGGCUUGUGUAUGACUACAUUUCAUGGCUGUGUGCUGUAUUGUAUCUAAUGGAAAAAAUCUAUGUACCUCUAAUGUAUAUAAAGGAUGAAACUGUG